AUGAUUGAAUUAUCACACUUACCACAUGAUUUUAUAAUUCCGAAAAUUCGUAAUAGUUUUAUGAGUCAAUUUCUUAAUCAAGAUAAUAUUUAUUCAUAUUCACCUGAACUUUCAAUGAAUAUAUAUAAUAAAAAACGUACAGUUAGAACAUUACAUAAGCCAGAAUAUCGACCAAUAGGUGAAACUAUGAAACGAACAGCUGUAAACAAUAUUAUCAGAGAUGCAAGUAAUCAACGUUUAUUAAGUGGUGAUGCUAGUCAAGUAAAUUUAGCAAGCAUAUUUGAUAAUAAAUUAUCAAUAUUCGCCCAAAAAAAUAAAAUUGGACUUGAUCGAAAAAAUUCCAUGCGUCGUUCAGAUUAUCGAUUAAAACCAGUACAUUUUAUACGUGAAAAUGGAGAUAUUGAUGUAUUACAUGGUCGAAGUCAAGAUGUUUAUGAUAUCAAAGUAUUUCAAUAUCGAAAACAACAAGCUGAAUUAAAAGGAAAUCAACAGGAAGAAGAUCUUCGUGAAAAUCAUCCAUAUUUUGAUAAACCAUUAUUUAUGAUCGCACGGGAAAGUAAUUUUCGAAAAUUUUGUCAACUUUUUGUCGAAGCUCGUUAUAAUGCUAAUACUAAAGAUUAUCUUGGACAAGAAUCAAAAAUUAGUCGAUAUAAACAAGGACAUAAAUUUCUUGGCUUAGUUACAUAUCUUGAUUGGAUUAUGAUAUUUGUAACAAUAUUAUCAACAGUUAGUAUGUCAUUUGAAACACCUGUUAAUAGAAUUGUUGAUCAACCUUUAUUACAAAUAGCGGAAUAUAUGUUUGUUAUUUUUAUGAGUUUUGAAUUAACAUUAAAAAUUUUUGCACAUGGUUUAUUUUUUACACCAAAAGCAUUAAUUCGAGAUAUUGGUGGAGCUAUUGAUGUAGCAGUUUUUUUUGUUGGUCUGAUAUUUCUCUGUUGGUUACCACGAAAUGUUCCAGUGAAUAGUGUUGCUCAAUUUCUUAUGCUUCUUCGAUCAACGCGACCUUUACGAAUUUUUAUUUUGAUACCUGAUGUGAGAAACGUUGUCUAUGAAGUUUGUCGAGGAUUUAAAGAAAUUCUAUUGGUAUCGAUUUUACUCAUUGUAUUGAUGUUUAUGUUUGCUAUUUAUGGUGUUCAAAUCAUUGGUGGACGAUUAGCUCGUUGUAAUGAUAUAGCUUUUUUUAAUGAUCAAAAAUCAUGUCAUGGAACAUUUUGGAGGAAACUUUAUGUAUCAAAAAUGAAUGUUAGUAAUGAUGAUCCAGUUAUGUUAGUACCACGUGUAUGGGCUAAUCCACAUAAUUUUAAUUUUGAUUAUAUCGGUAGUGCUAUGUUAGCUCUUUUUGAAGUUCUAUCACUUGAAGGAUGGCUUGAUAUACGUGAUAUUAUUAUGGAACGUAUGGGUCCAGAACAUGUUAUAUUUGUUCAUAUAUUUGUAUUUAUUGGUACACUAAUUGGUUUAACUCUAUCUGUUGGUGUUGUUAUUGCAAAUUAUUCAGAAAAUAAGGGAACGGCUUUAUUAACAGUUGGUCAACGUCGUUGGAUGGAUUUAAAAGGUCGUAUAAAACUUGCUCAACCAUUAAAUAGACCACCUCGACCAGAAAAUAACAAAUUUCGUUCAUAUGUAUUUGAUAUAACACAAAAUCGAUUAUUUAAAAAAUCUUCUGCCGUACUUGUUCUACUUAACUGUGCAUUACUUUAUAAACCAUGGAAAGUUAAUGAACAAAUAACACAAAUAUCAGCAUUAACAUCAUCUUUAUUUACAUUUUUGUUUCUUGUUGAAGCUGUUAUGAAAUGUAUUGCACUUGGUUUUGUUGGUUAUUGGCAAUCAUGUCGUAAUCGUUUUGAUUUAUUAGUUACUAUACUUGGUAUUGGUUGGAUUGUAUUAAAUUUUAUUUCUAUUAGCAAAAUUGAACUUCAAGAAUUUAGUAAUACAUUUGGAUUUACUGUCAUUAUACUUCGGUUUUUUACUAUUGUUGGAAAACAUGCAACACUUAAAAUACUUAUGUUAACUAUUAUUGUAUCAUUCUUUAAAUCAUUUUUUAUUAUUCUUGGCAUGUUUUUACUUAUGUUAGUAUAUGCCUUGGCUGGUGUUAUACUAUUUGGUUGUGUUAAAUUUGGUCUUGAACUUGGACGACAUGCUAAUUUUAAAACAGUACCUAAUGCAAUUGUUCUACUAAUGAGAAUUGUUACUGGUGAAGAUUGGAAUAAAAUAAUGCAUGAUUGUAUGGUUGCACCACCACGAUGUACACGUGGUGGUUCCUAUUGGGAAAGUGAUUGUGGAAAUUCAACAGCUUCUAUACUUUAUUUUUGUUCGUUUUAUAUUAUAAUUACUUAUAUCGUAUUAAAUCUUCUGGUGGCUAUUAGUAUGGAAAAUUUUUCAUUAUUCUAUUCAAGUGAAGAAGAUCCAUUACUUAGUUAUACUGAUAUUCGUCAUUUUCAAACAGUUUGGAAUAUGAUUGAUACAGAACGUAAAGGUAUUAUACCAGUUCGACGUGUAAAAUUUUUAUUAAGAUCACUUCGAGGAAGAUUGGAAGUAGAUGCAAAAAAACUCUAUAAACAUAUGUGUUAUGAAAUUGAAAAAUUAAAUAAUGGUAAUGAUGUAACAUUUCAUGAUGUACUUAAGUAAAUAUAAAAUUAAUUUUAAUUUUUUUAUGUCGUCAAUUUUUAUGCAAGACGAUCUAUGAACUACAGAGUAUUCCAAAAGUUUGCUACAAAAUAAAAUUUGAAUAACUCUUCUGCAAUUCAAUUAAAUUACAUAUUUCUUUUACGAUUUGAUUCCAUACUCACCAAAGUUUUAUUCAGCAUAUUUUAUAUAAAAUGACUGUACACCUACGAAGAUUAGAAUAAAAAUUGUUUUGUUAGUGGAUAACUUUGAGUUAUUGAAGAUUGUGAAACAAAAUUUGCGCAUAAAACUGGACAAAGAAAUGUCAAAUAAACAUAGUAUUAAGGAAUUCUCUCGAUAACGCCUUACAGUAACAACACAAGAAAGCAUCGCUGAAGUACAUGUUGAUAGCAAAAAUGUAUGAACAUCAAAUGUUGCAUCUGAUUGCAAAGUUUAUUUAAUAGCAUAUUGAAUCCUGCCAGAGCUGAGUAAAUGAUUCAACAAAGUGAGAUUUCGUCUGAUUUUAACGAUUAAGUACAUCAAUGUCAGAGUUACAUUUUUUCCUAUCACGACGAAUUUCGAGAGAAGGUUUUAUUUGAUGAACUCUAUAUUCAUAUCACCUUAGUGCGAUUCGAACUUUUUUUAUGCAAACACAUAAAAGACGAUGUCUAUUAAAGAUAACAUUGAAAUAACAAUAAGAAUCAGUAGCAAAAAUAAAACGAUUUCAUAGAAAAUUCUAUAGAAUGUUAUUUUUCAAAUAUUUGACAACAGUGAAAUUGCGUGUUUCAAUUGAGUCCAUAGGCAGCGAAAUGUUUUGACUCUAGGAUCGGCUCAACAUUUGUUAUAAGAUCCUCAUCUAGAAGUUAAAAAUGACAGAAGAAAGGUUUUUGAAUACCACUUAGAUAGAAUACAAUCAGUGUCUGCUAUCAAAUUCACAUUUUGCAACGUGUAACAGUGAUGCAGAUUAGAAAAAAAUUUGCAACUUGCAUAAAAAAAUAGGAAUUUGAAAAAACAUGCGACGUUCGAAAGAGGAUAUUCU